UCCUGCUUGACCCCGGAAGGGCUCCCCCCCCUCACCGGGCAGCGGCGCGCGGCUGUUGUGCUUCCGGGAUGGCGGGCAUGGCGCGCUCCUGGGCGCCGCACGUGGGUGGCGGGUAGCCGGCAUGGCGCUGCCCGCGGGGCCGAGGCGGCGGCUGCUGGCGCUGGCGCUGGCCUGGGGGCCGCGGGCCGGGCUGCGCUUGGCGGGCGCCGGCAGUGCGGGGCGGCGCGCGGCCGCCGAGGACCCGCUGGGGCCGGGCCCGACGGGCGCGGCCGAGAUCCGGCAGUACCUGCGCGCGCGCGGCCUGCCCUUCCAGGAGGGCUACAGCUGCCUGCGCACGCCCAGCCCCUUCGCGCCCGCGCCCGCCAGCCUCUACCUCGACAAGACCACGGGCUGCUUCGUGUGCCCGGCCAGCGCCGCCGAGGGCUCGUGGCAGGACUUCCAGGCCGGCGUCGAGCUGGGCCCGGCCGCGCCGCCGCCCCCCGACCCCGAGCACCAGCGGGACCGGGAGGACGCGCGGCGCCUCUGGGACCGGGCCCUGCCCCUGGCCGACCUGCCCGACGCGGCCGAGACGCGCGCCGCCUUCGGCCUGGGCAAGGUGUCGGACGCCACCCUGAAGCGCUUCGGCGUGCGCUACCUGCCGCCCACCCGCGCCCUCGUCUUCCCCUGGUUCGGCCCCCACGGGCUGCUGGGGCUCAAGCUGCUGGCGGCCGAGGGCUGGGAGGAGACCACGCUGCCCCGCCCCGGGGCCUACCGCAAUCUCUUCGGGCUGCCGCUCGUCGGCCGCCGCGACGUGGAGGUGGUGCUGACGGGCCGCGAGCUGGACGCCCUGGCCGUGGCCCAAGCCACGGGGCUGCCCAGCCUGGCGCUGCCCCGCGGCCCCGCCUGCCUGCCCCCGGCCCUGCUGCCCUACCUGGAGCAGUUCAAGCGCAUCACGCUGUGGCUGGGCGAGGACCUGCGCUCCUGGGAGGCCGCCAAGCUCUUCGCCCGCAAGCUGAACCCCAAGCGCUGCUCCCUGGUGCAGCCCGGCGACCAGCAGCCGGGGCCGCUGGAGGCGCUCAACCGGGGCAUCAGCCUGGCCAAGGUGCUGCAGUCGGCCCUGCCGGCGAGCCACAAGUCCAUCGUCUCCUUCCGCCAGCUGCGGGACGAGGUCUUCAGCGAGCUGGCCAACGUGGAGCAGGUGGCCGGGGUCAAGUGGACUCGCUUCCCCGACCUCAACAAGUUUCUCAAGGGCCACCGCAAAGGGGAGCUCACCGUCUUCACGGGUCCGACGGGCAGCGGGAAGACUACCUUCAUCAGUGAGUACGCACUGGACCUCUGCAUGCAGGGCGUGAACACGCUGUGGGGCAGCUUUGAGAUCAGCAACGUGCGCCUGGCCAAGGUGAUGCUGACGCAGUUUGCGACCCAGCGCCUCGAAGAGGAGCUGGACCAGUACGACGAGUGGGCCGAUCGCUUCGAGGACCUGCCGCUCUACUUCAUGACCUUCCACGGGCAGCAGAGCCUCAAGGCUGUGAUCGACACCAUGCUGCACGCCGUGUACAUGUAUGACAUCGUCCACGUCGUCAUCGACAACCUGCAGUUCAUGAUGGGGCACGAGCAGCUCUCAGCAGACAGGCUGGCUUCGCAGGACUACAUUGUGGGUGCCUUCCGCAAGUUUGCCACGGACAACUCAUGCCACGUGACGCUGGUCAUCCACCCUCGCAAGGAGGACGAUGAGCGGGAGCUGCAGACGGCUUCCAUCUUCGGCUCUGCCAAGGCCAGCCAGGAGGCUGACAACGUGCUGAUCCUCCAGGACCGGAAGCUGAGGUCGGGGCCGGGCAAGCGGUACUUGCAGGUGUCCAAGAACCGCUUCGACGGCGAUGUGGGCAUCUUCCCGCUGGACUUCAGCAAGACUUCCCUCACCUUCUCGGGCCUCGCCAAGGGCAAGGCUAAGCUCAAGAAGGUCAAGGUCGAGAAAACAGAGGAGCCAGCCCCCAAGGCAACAGCCCCCGAGGAUCCGGCCCCCAAGGCGACAGCCCCCGAGGAUCCGGCCCCCAAGGAGCCGGCCCCCAAGGCGACGGCCCCCAAGGAGCCGGCCCCCAAGGAGCCGGCCCCCAAGGAGCCGGCCCCCAAGGCGAUGGCCCCCAAGGCGACGGCCCCCAAGGAGCCAGCCCCCAAGGCGACGGCGCCCAAGGAGCCAGCCCCCAAGGCAACAGCGCACAAGGCGAAAGCCCCCAAGGUGACUGCGCCCAAAGGCAGUGGGUCCUCCAAGGACCCAUGAGCCUGGCUUCUUGGGCAUCAUCCUUGCCUGAGCACCGUGCCCAUGCCGGCCUGUUCAAGCUGGAGGGGAGAGGAGUGUUGCACCUGGUGUUGCGACUUCGUGCCAAAGCAGCCUGUCACCAGGGCUCUGCUGUGUCUUGGGGCUGCGGCCUGGGCUCCCACAGAUCGCAGCCCCCUUGGCUCUCAGGAGGAGAAGCCAGCCAGGACUGGGGUGCUUCCUAACAACAGCUGAGACCCGGAGUGUGGUGGGGGAGACCCAUCGCUGAUGCCCCCCCUGGAGCUGUGCCCUGGAGAACCACAUGCCAGAUGUGGGGAUGGAGACGGGACAUUUCUCCCAUUCCCCAAGACUUUGACUGAAUGCUGACUGGGCUGCAAGCAGCUAUUGGCGCGGGUUGGGGAACAGAUCCAUCCCCCCAGCAGCGCUGCUUUCCUGGUGUCCAGGUCAGCCUGGCGUGGGGGCAUCUCUGCUCACCUCUUGCGGACGUGGUGUCACGAAGCUGCUGCCUUGUUGGGUACCUUCUCUCCCUGGCCUCCAGGAGGGGAAGAGCAGUGGGAGGCUGGGGGUGGGGAGCACUGGCAGGGCCGCCUUUGCGGGGUAUGAAUGCCUCUUCUCCUUCACACCUCAGGGCUGCCUCACCAUGCCAGGCACCAUCAGCUUGGGACCGGUUCCCAGGGGGUGUCCUCUUCCGGAGCCUGUAGGCUCAGAUGGUUAUUACAAGAGUAACUGUGCCUUCCACCCUGGGGUGGUUUGGGAGCACCUGUGGACUGGGAGAGGAAGGAAUUCACCAGCAAUCCAGGAGGGGCGAAUUCACCAGCAAUCGGACACUGCUUGCCGGGGUCCAUCCUUGCCCCACAUCCACAGAUGGGGAAAGAGCCCCCAGCUGCUCCAGGGCAAGGGGCUUCUUUCUCCCCCAGCCGGAGACGGGGUUUGUGCAGCCAUGUUACCAGGGCUGUAGGCAGUUGAGCUCUGGUGCGACUGCCUCUGCUGCUGUCCCCUGUCAUCUGUCAGCUCCCCGUGCUCAGGAAAAACUGACAAGGAAACCAA